AGCAAACACAUACAAGAUAUAGAAGGGGAAAGGAUGGCGGCGCAGGGAUUUAGGGUUAGGGAGUCGUCGAUCGAUUUCCUGGGAUUUAGGGAUGGGAGACCUCGACGUAAUUCACGAUUCCAGGGAGAUUUUGGACUACACUACAGGCGGCGUUACUCUGGCUUCAACACAUUUCGGAAGGAGACAACCGGAAGCGAAGGGAUGCACACCCUUCGACAAUCGGCGAUGGGACUAUCGACAUAAUUUCAGUUGGCAAGGAGAGCACACUCCCUGGCGACGGGAAGGAUGCAAAGCUAUGCUCGGAUCAGGCGAACAGAGGCAGAGCACACGGAUCUUCAGGGGCGCUGACAUUGAACGGAGACAUUGGCCAACUCGCAAAUCGACGUUUAGAGCUCGCCAGACAGAUUGGAGUUUUCGACCAAAAGCAGAUUGGAACAUAAGAACGGAUGUCCGACCUCGGCGAACAGAUCAACACUAUUGCAGGUCAUACCUGAGACCGGGGGAAUCAACUGACAGGAGGCAAACUGAUAUCAAGCAUCCGACAGAAGAUGAAUUUGAUAUUGACAUUGAAAGUAAAUGUUUUAAUUUUAAAGUUAUGGAUUGCACUACUGUUCGUAUUUCUGAAAUGAAGAAUGGAUUAUCUUCGGUUGUCACUCUCGACAUUGCUGGGGUUAAUUGGUUGAAGGAUUCCAUACUCGAGGUCUUUUCGGGUAACAGCUUAGGUACUAAGUUGGAGUUGAAUAAAUCCCUCAUUGUUUUGUAUGAUGCUAAUCUCUUUGGAGGAUUUAUACGAAUAAUUGAAAAGGGUUGUGAUUCUCUAUUUAUUCCCGAGGGAAGAAAUGGACAAGGGAUAAACCUAUUUCUUAUGGAGAUUACAAAGGCAAGAGCUCUAAUGAAACAACGUGACAUAUUAAAAGAUUUUGAGCAGGAACAACUCAAGAAGCCUACUGAGGAUCUUGGGGCUAUUUGUAAGGAUUCGAUGGAAUCCUUAGUAGGAGACAAUGUGUCUAUCUCCUCAUUAUUAUUUAAUGAGGACUUAUUAAAUUUUGGGGUUAAUUCUGCAUCAAAGGAUGUUGUCUUGCUGCAAGAAAAUGCACAAGGGAUAACUACUGCUAACAAGGAGAUUGCUACCCAAGGUGAGAGUAUUAUAGAGAUAUCUCCUCUUCAAGUUUCUUUUCCAUCUAAGCAUAUUAUCAAGGGUGGACUUGAUUAUCCUCGGUCUGUAUCUUCAGGCUUAGAAUUGCCGGGUGAUGAAUUUGUAGCAACAUCGGCUCAAAGAUCACUUUCUGAUCAGGAUUUACUAGACCACUUAGUUGAUACUGAAUGGUGUGCAACCAGCUCACGGUUCCUUCCUAGAAGGAGUGCUCGAAUUAAGGCAAAAAGUUGGCUAAACAAUAGAGCUGUUUUUUUAGGGCUAUUUAUUAUGGCUGAUGAGGGAUAUUAGAUCUUGUUCUGGGUUUCCUGAAAGAAGCUUUACGGGUUGUUUGAUGGCUUUCGUGGUGUGUUAGGGAUGAUCAUCGCUCUGGAAUUUUUUUGAUUGCGUAGGGGUAUUCAAUUGUGGGCGCUUGAGGCUUUGGUGGAUUUGUUGGAGGAGGAGUUUCUUUUUUUCUUUUUUGUCUUUCCUUUUCUGUUUCAUUAGCUUUUUUAUUCUUUUGCUUUCUAUCUUUUGUAAUUUGCUCUCAAUUUUUCUAAUAAAAAUUUAUUUUCUUGCCAAAAAAAUAUAUCA